CUGUAGGUGCUGCCCGGUUGGGCCCAGAAAUGGGAUGUCAGGCCUCCGAAAGGAGCAUAGUGGAAGCGAGGGCCUCGAGCGGCUGCUGUGACGGCCAGUGAGUGAGCCGCGUAGGAUGUCCACCACGACGACGGUCGCCCCUGCGGGGAUCCCGGCAGCCCCGGGCCCGGUGAACCCGCCCCCGCCGGAGGUCUCCAACCCCGCUAAGCCCGGCCGCAAGACCAACCAGCUGCAGUACAUGCAGAAUGUGGUGGUGAAGACGCUCUGGAAACACCAGUUUGCUUGGCCCUUCUACCAGCCCGUGGACGCAAUCAAGCUAAACCUGCCUGAUUAUCAUAAAAUCAUAAAAAACCCAAUGGAUAUGGGGACUAUUAAGAAGAGACUAGAAAAUAAUUAUUACUGGAGCGCGAGCGAAUGUAUGCAGGACUUCAACACCAUGUUUACAAAUUGUUACAUUUAUAACAAGAAAGUGGCCCAGAUGCCCCAGGAGGAAGUUGAAUUAUUACCCCCUGCUCCGAAGGGCAAAGGCCGGAAACCGGCUGCAGGAACCCAGAGUGCAGGUACACAGCAGGUGGCGGCUGUGUCCUCUGUCUCCCCAGCAACCCCCUUCCAGAGCGUCCCCCCCACUGUCUCCCAGACGCCUGUCAUUGCUGCCACCCCAGUGCCAACCAUCACUGCAAACAUCACGUCGGUCCCCGUUGCCCCGGCUGCUGCCCCACCUCCUCCCUCGACGCCCAUCAUCCCUGUGGUCCCUCCCACACCACCUGUAGUCAAGAAAAAGGGCGUGAAGCGGAAAGCAGACACCACGACGCCCACGACGUCCGCCAUCACUGCCAGCCGGAGCGAGUCGCCCCCGCCGCUGUCAGACCCCAAGCAGGCCAAGGUGGUGGCACGGCGGGAGAGCGGGGGCCGCCCCAUCAAGCCGCCCAAGAAGGACCUGGAGGACGGCGAGGUGCCGCAGCACGCGGGCAAGAAGGGCAAGCUGUCGGAGCACCUGCGGCACUGUGACAGCAUCCUCAAGGAGAUGCUGUCCAAGAAGCACGCGGCCUACGCCUGGCCCUUCUACAAGCCGGUGGACGCCGAGGCCCUGGAGCUGCACGACUACCACGACAUCAUCAAGCACCCGAUGGACCUCAGCACCGUCAAGAAGAAGAUGGACAGCCGUGAGUACCCAGACGCGCAGGGCUUUGCUGCCGACAUCCGGUUAAUGUUCUCCAACUGCUACAAAUACAACCCCCCAGACCACGAGGUGGUGGCCAUGGCCAGGAAGCUCCAGGACGUGUUUGAGAUGCGGUUUGCCAAGAUGCCGGAUGAGCCAGUGGAGGCGCCGGCUCUGCCUGCCCCCGCGGCCCCCGUGCUGAGCAAGGGCGCUGAGAGCAGCCGCAGCAGUGAGGAGAGCUCCUCGGACUCGGGCAGCUCGGACUCGGAGGAGGAGCGGGCCACCCGGCUGGCCGAGCUGCAGGAACAGCUGAAGGCUGUGCACGAGCAGCUGGCCGCCCUGUCGCAGGCCCCGGUGAACAAGCCAAAGAGGAAGAAGGAGAAGAAGGAGAAGGAGAAGAAGAAGAAGGACAAGGACAAGGACAAGGAGAGGCACAAGACAAAGUCCGAGGACGAGAAGAAGGCCAAGGUGGCCCCACCCGCCAAGCAGGCCCAACCGAAGAAGGCUCCCACCAAGAAGGCCAGUAGCACGGCCACGGCCAGCAGGUGGGCUGUGGCGCCCUUCAGGCCCCUGCAAGCCCAGUGUUGCUAGGUGUCUUAGGUGCUUGUAUGGCAGGAAGGGUACCGGAUUUGGGCCUUCACACCUUGGCUGCAAAUCCUGGUGACACAGAGACGGGGCUGGUACAUGGGAAACGGGAUGGGGGCAGGGUGGUCCUUGUCCCCGAGAAUAGGGGGACAAAAUGAGGCCUCUGCUGGGAAGACUGAGCUCUGGAGGGUGUCACUCGGCUGUCUGUGGGGUUAGCCUCUCAAUCUCAGGCACUGGAAUGGUCGCACUGUCUGGCACAGACUUCAGCAUCUCAAGUCUUUGGGGCCGUUUUCCUGAUUUGAGCCAAGGAGUCCUAGGGGCAUUGUGCCUUGGUAAGGUUUUCUCCUUCCUGGUCCACCUGCCUUCUGUCUUCACUCCUACCGUGCACUGCCCUGAGGAAUGCUUGCCACGGACAGGACCACAGGGAGAUGAGGAUGGGGGGAAGGUGCUCAGGGCCAGCGGGCCUCUCCUGCAAGGUAGAAGGAAGGCUUCCCAGAGGAGAAGUGACUGCUGUGCAGGAGCAAGCUCAGCAGCAGUCGGGAGAGGGUUCCGAGAGUCAGAACAGCAGAGACAAGGCCAUGGAGGCCAGCAGACGUGUUCUAGGAAUUAGUGGGAAUUAGGACAAGGUUGGUUCCACUGAGGAAUGGAGACUGGUUUGGGAAGAGGAGUUGGGAGAGGCUGCUGAGAUUGACCAACUUUGCUGAGGCCUCUCGUUUUAUCCUCUGAGCAAAUGAAGGGAAGUCAUGAGGUGUUUGAGCUGGAAGUGGUCAGAUCCUGGACAGUGUGGAGAAUGGAUCAUUGGGACGCAGGACUGGGAGAAAGGACAGCCUGGGGAGGUUUUGUGGUCAUGCAGGCAAGAGAGGCCAGGGUGGCCAUGGAGGUGGGAGGCAGAGGGACAGGCCUUGGUGCCUGGAAGCAGGAGGACAGGGGCAUGGGAAACGGGGUUUGGGCCUUGGCGGCUGGGUAGGUAGUCAGCGGCAUUAGUGAGGGGUAGUGGUGGGAAUGCUCGUGUUUUGUCGUCCCUCCCUUUUCAGAGGGGAGGCAGGAGUCAGGUUUUCUUGUAAUGUCUGUAUGGAUUUGGUGUCCGUAUAACACUGGACUCAAAAAUGAAUUGGGAGGUGUUCUCUCCUCUGUUUUCUGGGUGGAUUUAUAGAGUUGGUGUUAAUUCUUAAAUACUAAGUAGAAUUCUCCAGUGAAAGCAUCUGGGCCUGGGGUUUUCAUUGUGAGGCUUUUAACGAUGAAUUCAGUUAUUUUUGUAGAUACAGGACUAGUCAGAUUAUCAGUUUCAUCUUGAGUGAGUUUUGGGGAUUUGUGCUUUCGAGACAUUGCUCCAUUUCACUUGAAAUGUGGAAUUUAUGGGCAUUGGUUUGUUUGCAGUGUGCCCUUAUGGUCCUUUUAACAUCUGUAGGGCCUGUAGUGAUGUGUCUUUUGUCUUUUUUUCAUGGUGAAUCUGAAGAGAGAUUGAUGAGUUUUAUUGGUUGUUGAAGCAACCAGCAUUUGAUGUCAUUGGGUUUUAUCUGCUUUUAUUUCCUUUUGUUUAUGGUCUUAUUUUUAUUACUUCCUUUUGCUUGUUUUGGACUUAAUUUGCUCUCUUAAAGUAGAAACUUAGAUUAUUGAUUUGAGACCUUUUCUAACAUAAAUAUUUAAUACUAUUUAUUUCUGUCUAAACACUACUUCAGCUGUACU